AGCCGCAGCACUCUGAGACAGAAAGCUCGCGCCGAGCGAGCUGACAGUGCCCCCCACUCUCAUGGCGGAUGCUUUGGUUCGCCCAGAUCAGCCCUGGCAUCUGGGAGAGAGGCAGAUGCAACUGAAGCAGAACACGGUGGCUUCAAGUGAUGAGAUGGGCCCCCACAUCUACCACAAGGUCAUCCCGGAGCGGUACAGAGACAUGAUCUCCCCGCAGCCUCACUUCAUGGCCUCCUUCCUGGACCCGCGGACGGGCCACGUGUGGCCCAGCGCCGUCUUCGGGGUCCCGGGCUUCGCGGAUCCCGACGCCAGCGACGGCAGGCGGAUCGACCUGGGAGCGCAGUUGGACCCGCGGGACGGCGCGGCCCUGCGGGGCUUGGUGAAGACAGGUACUCCGAUGGGCGGGGUCAUCAUCGACCUCAUGUCCCGGCGCCGGAACCGCUUCAACGGGGAGGUGCUGCUGACGAAAACCGGCUGGGCCAUGAGGAUCCUCCAGGCCUUCGGCAACUGCCCCAAGUACAUCACUCGCCGCCGAGUGGCGGCGCUGGGUGCCAACGCCGCGAGGGCCGCGCUGCCGGCAGAGCAGCGCCCCAUCGCCGCGGAGGACGAGGAGCUGCUGCAGAAGACGGACAUGAUGUACCUGGCCACAGGCCACAAGGACCAAGGGGCAGACAUGAACGUCCGGGGCGGCCAGCCUGGCUUCGUGAAGGCACUGGGCCAGGGGCGCUACAUCGCAUGGCCGGACUACGUGGGGAAUGGCUUCUUCAUGAGCUUGGGCAACACCAAGCUGAAUCCACAGGCGGGCGUGCUGGUGGUGGACUGGGACGACACCGGCAGAGGCUUGCAGAUCCUUGGCACCAUGGAGACCUAUGAGCGCGAAGAGAUCGAGAAGAAGCUCCUGCCGGAGGAUCUGCAGGCGCCGCUCGCGGCGAUGCUGUCUGAUGAGCGCCAGGCCUUGCGUGUCGCGGUGCUCAAGGUGGAGCUGGUGCGCAGCAUCCCGGGCUACUGCCCGCACCGCUACGAGAAAGUCGAGCUGAGCCCCUACAACCCCAAGCCCAAGAGGGAGCUGAGCGGCGGCGGGCACGAGUUCGCGGCCCGCCUGCAGUGGGCGCGCCCGGAGUCUGACCAGGUGGCCACCUUCGAGUUUCAGCUGGCGCCCAUUCCCCGGCCAGGCUCUCUGGAGCUCAGGAGCGGGCAGCACGUGCGCCUGGGCCUCCCGGCGCUGGGGCAAGGGGUGCCUCCGGAGCGCACCUGGACGGUGACCUCGGCGCCCAGCUGGUUCCACGAGCACGGCAGGUUCCAAAUCAGCGUGCAGCACAAGAAGGACGGUUUGGUGACGCCCUUUCUGCACAAGCAGCUGGCAAAAGGCCUUGCGCAGGAGGAGGAUGGGACCUUCAUCUUUCACGGCUUUUCAGGCGAGUUCUCUCCCCUUUUAGACCCCUCCACUGGCGAGUACCGCAGCCGCCUGCCGCGGCAUGUGGUGUUCUUCGCGGGCGGCAUCGGCAUCACCCCAGCCAUCGCGGCCCUGAAAGGCCUCGUCGACCGCAACGUCGCGCCGGAGAGCUUCACGCUGUUCUACAGCUUCCGAGAGCUCGAGCAUGCAGCGUUCCUCGGCUUUCUCCUGGUGUCCGAUGAACUCAAGAAGAAGCUUCCUCAGCUGAAGCUGAAGAUAGUCGUGAACAUCACUUCCUCCGACGCGAAAGAAGCUGUUCUGCAGCUGCGGGCGCACCAAGCACGAGUGAAGGGGGCGCAAGAGGCGCUCUUCCUGGAGGGUCGUAUGGAUGCAUCCCUGAAGGCGCAGCUCCCCGCGGGGGACGUGGAGGGCUUCGUCUGCGGCCCCGCGGCCUUCGAGAAGGCCGCGGCGGCUCUGUGGCAGACAGCCUCGCUGCCCAGCGCCCGGCUCCGCACCGAGAGCUUCGCCUACUGAGAACUCGGAGACUCGGAGACUCGGAGACUCCGGGUUGCGGGGCGGAGCGAAUCGCAUAGAUGGCUUCGGGAGGCUCCGGAGUGGGUUGUUUUGGUGUGGGA